UGGAUGUCAAGCGCUAGAAGAUAGAUUUUCCUCUGGGCUCUGAUGGAUUUUUUUUGGGUUCUGUUAUUGCUGUGGACCAUUUUACUUACUGGAUUUUUGCUGCUGGCAACAUGGGCUAUCCACUACCACAUCGCCCACACGGAAAUCCCUUCUGGAAUCUCUGAGCCCUUCCAGCUGAGAUGUUUACACUGCUUGUUGAUCAUGGCUUUUGGUCUGGCCCACAUCUUGAAGAAAACACAUCUCUGGACUGACUAUAAGUUCCUGAGGUUGGCCAUGGCUGGAAUCCCACCCUUGAAGAAUCCCCAACUCUCCAUUAAAAACCUGAGCUUUGACGGCAUACCAGUUAGGAUGUACCAGCCGAGGGGUUCGUGUGACAAAGGAUGGAGAGGAAUUCUUUACUUUCAUGGUGGGAUUGGCCUGUAUGGAAGCAUUGAUGCCUAUGAAAGA